GGAAAACAUUCUUAUAUCCAGACCUACUCACAAGGUUCUCCCUCUCCUAGGACAGCAAGGACAUGCCACCUAAGACCAAAGACAAAGGGAGGAAAGCUGGAGCACAGAAGAAGAAAAAGAACCCAGGUGCUGAUGUGGAGGCUGAAGGCAAGCACAGGCUGGUGCUGCUGGAGAAGGAGCUGCUCCGAGACCAGUUGGCUCUACGGAGAGAUGAGGCCCGCCGAGCCAAGGCUUCCGAAGACCUGCUGAAGCAGAGAUUGCAAGGGUUGGAGGCUAAACUGGGAAGAGCUCGAAGCGAAGGGAAGGCUAUAUAUGCAGAGAUGAGCCGCCAACAAUGGGCCCUGCAGGAGAAGAUGGAGACUCAAAGCAAGCAGCUGGAGGAAGAAACGAAGAUCCUCCGGGAGCAGCUAGAAACAUGCCAGAAGGAGGCUGAGGCUGCAAGGGAAGAGGCAGAGCAAGCACUUAAAGAACAGGACCAGGUCCUAGCUCAGCUUCGGGCCCAUGUGGAAGACAUGGAGGCCAAGUAUGAAGAAAUCAUACAUGGAAACCUGGACCAGCUCUUGGCCAAGCUGAGAGCUGUCAAGCCUCAGUGGGAUGAGACUGUGCUCAGACUCCACGCCAAGCACAAGGAGCAGCUGCGCCAAUUUGGUCUCAACCCUCUGGAUCUUUGAGGCUGCCAGCCUCUAGUCUCUGAGUCGUAGCAAUAAAGCAUCUUGAUGUAGAAUUCAAUGGAGCUGUGGGCUAGGACCUUUGGCAGAGAGGAGUGGUCCUUAUGGAGCCAUAUUAGUUCUGGGUUGCCCCAUUAUGCCAAAGACAGAGAGAUAGGAAAGAAAUCUGACGUGGUCUCAACCUCUCUCCUGUAGAAAGUGGGUCACACUCCUUGUGGUCUCCUCAAAACACCUCCACUAAUCCCCACCAACAAAAGCAGACAGCCAAAUUUAUAGGGAAACUCUACUUCU